GCAGAUGUACGAAAAAGCGGCAAACCAUUUCAACAAAACCAUGAGCAUCGAGAAUCCCCACAUUCGCAAGGGCAAUGGGUAUGGGCGUGGAAAUUGGAAAAGUUUCGGUCGACAGUACGUUCGCCCGUGCGUUGGUUCGUUCCAUCAUGCUGUAGCACCGGGUAAACUGGAGAAGCACUGUACCAAUAUUACGCGUGAUUUUUGUUUGUUAUGUUUGAUGAAAAUUGCAUCAUCCCUUUUAUUGUUUUACUUUUUCCUCCCGAUCACGUUCAACAUAUUCCGGGCAAAAGUUCUGCUGCUCGGUCAGUGCAUCACGUUACUGCCGGUGGUGAACAUAUUCAGUGCAAAUUACCGCACGGCUCGCUUCAAGCUGCGAAGCUUCCGCUGCAUCUACUCGCUGGUGUAUCUAGCACUGACCGGCAUUUACUGCACCCUCUUCAUCCGGUGGUACAUUAGGAAGGGACUGAACCUUGCCUACUUCGGUGCGUCGGAAUUCUGCGAGUGGUUAAAAGUGUAAUUGCAAUAGAAUGGGCUUUUUUUAAUGUGUGUGCGUGUCUUACCAUUUUCCCCUCAGCUAACUGCAUCUAUAUGGUG